AGCGGUUUAUAAGCCCCCAAUUUAAUUCAUCCGCUAGGGUUAGGGUUUUAGCGCAGUCGAUUAUCAAUCUCCGUAACUUACGAUCGGAAAACAAUCAGUUAACCACACUAGGAACCGGAAAACAGUUCAUCAGGGAUGUCGAAGAAAAACAACUUAUCUCUUAGAAAAAAGCAGCAUGAAUUUGAGCUUCGGAGAGAGCAGCAAGAGAAAGAAAAGAAGGCGAAGAAGCUACAAGCUAAGAAGAACAAGAUGAAAGUUGAUGGAAGUGCAAGCAAGAAAAAGAAGGGUAGUGGUGGAUUUACAGUAGGGAAGAAGAAGUUGAAGACAAGAAUGACACCAUUGGCGAAAGCUAAAGUUGCUCAAGCAAUGGAAGUUGACAAAUGAGAAUGGGAUGGGAUUGGAAUUCGAGAUUCCGUUCCAUGGUGUGUUUGGUUGACAAGUGGAUGGAAUACAGUUCCAUUAGAUUCCUUAAAUAAGUGGAUAAAUACUCUAAUGCGCAUAAAAAAGAUUAAUUGAUAUGAUCUAAUGUUAAAUCCUCACUUAUAAGAAAUAGCUCUCACAAAAUACAAUGUUAGCAACGAAAACACAAUUGCUACACAAUUCUUUGAAAAAUGUAUAUAUAGACGGAUACUCAACACACGAGCAUGAGAAGCUGUUUACGAGUGUGACGAGUUAUUUAUGAUGAAGAGAAGAUCAUUGAGCAUGAUAAGCACAAUAAAUUAUACAAUCAACUCUUUUGUAUGUUUUUACUGUUCAUCUAUCUGCAAUAAAAUUACAGAAGAUAUCUUGCAUUUAAUGCUUGAUUGUAGACCAACCUUUUCCUUGAAUUUUUCCUAGUACGCACAUACGAAAAUCGUGUCAGACUUUUGAUGAAUAAGAGGUCAAGUCGAUUAUUGACUUAUAAACAACUAUCAAUCUUGAAGUCUUCUUUCAAACACUGCUUAUUGUAUAUCGAUGUUUGCCUUGAAUCAGUUUUUGACAUAUAAAUAUUAUGCUAGUCUUUUGAUAAAUAAGAGGUGGUGUUAGUUUCUGGGUUAAUGAAAACCCAUCAACAUUCUUGAAGUCUUCUUUAAAAUACAUAUUAUACAUUGUCUUCUUUUCAUACGCCGACACUGCUUUAUUUUUAUCACCAAAGUUUGUAUACUUUAUUUAGUCUAAGUGAGUUUUUUUUAAUCAUCGUUUCAUAAUGGUUUAAGGUUUACGAUUAACGAAAUUGAUCUACCAUCAAGAAAUCGGGUCAAUCACUGAUCUUCGUCAUCACCAUUGACUUGCUCGCUAGAGACUUUUUUUGUUUUUUUUUUUGUCCAGAGAAUUUGAUUUGCAUUGUGGUUGGUAUCAAGGAUCAUCUGGUCCCUAUUAAACAUCAAAUUAUAAGGACCAAAGGAGAGUAUGAUGCAUUGAAGGAAGUUCUUUAAGGUGAUCGUUUUUCUCGCCAUCAGUAGUUAUCAUGAUGCAAGAUGACGACUGAAACCUCGAAACAUGAAAUCGAGACAUUUAAACACACAUAUGGUGAUUAUGAGACAUUUAGACACACUUAUGGUGAUUAUGG